AUGAAGCUGUGGAUUCAUCUCUUCUAUUCAUCUCUCCUUGCCUCUGUGUCUUCACAGUCUCCGUCUACAGGGUCCUCAGCCAGGGGUUCUUGUGAUUCUCUCUGCAACUGCGAGGAAAAAGAUGGCACAAUUCUAAUAAACUGUGAAGAAAAAGGCAUCAAGACACUAUCUCAAAUAAGUGUGCCACCAUCGCGACCUUUCCACUUAAGUUUAUUAAAUAAUGGCUUGACAAUGCUUCACACAAAUGGCUUUUCUGGGCUUAGGAAUGCCAUCUCAAUACACCUUGGAUUUAACAACAUUGCAGAUAUUGAGACUGGUGCAUUUAAUGGCCUUGACCUUCUAAAGCAACUUCAUAUCAACCACAAUUCUUUAGAAAUUCUUAAAGAGGAUACCUUCCAUGGACUGGAAAAUCUGGAGUUCCUACAAGCAGAUAACAACUUUAUUACAGUGAUCGAACCAAGUGCCUUUAGCAAGCUCAACAGACUUAAAGUGCUGAUUUUAAAUGACAAUGCUAUUGAGAGUCUUCCUGCAAACAUAUUCCGAUUUGUUCCUUUGACCCAUCUAGAUCUUCGUGGGAAUCAGUUGCAAACAUUGCCUUAUGUUGGUUUUUUAGAACACAUUGGCAGAAUUUUAGAUCUCCAGUUGGAGGACAAUAAAUGGGCCUGCAAUUGUGACUUACUGCAGCUGAAGAUUUGGUUGGAAAACAUGCCUCCGCAGUCUAUAAUUGGUGAUGUUGUGUGCAAUAGCCCUCCAGUUUUCAAAGGAAGCAUACUAAGCCGGCUGAAAAGGGAAUCAAUUUGCCCCAUUCCACCAGUGUAUGAAGAACAUGAGGACCCUUCAGGAUCAUUACAUCUGGCAGUCACAUCUUCAAUAAGUGAUGGUCGCAUGUUACUCAAGACCACAUCCCCUUUAAAACCACCCACCAAAGCACCGGGGUUGACACCAUAUAUUACAAAGCCAUCCACUCAACUCCCAGGACCCUACUGUCCUAUUCCUUGUAACUGCAAAGAACUAUCCCCAUCGGGACUUCUAAUACACUGUCAAGAACGGAAUAUUGAGAGUAUAUCAGACCUAAAACCUCCUCCACAAGAUCCUAGAAAGCUUAUUUUAGCAGGAAAUAUUAUUCAUGCAUUAAUGAAGUCAGAUCUAGUGGAAUAUGAUACUCUGGAAAUGCUUCAUUUGGGAAACAAUCAUAUUGAGGUUCUUGAAGAAGGAUCAUUUAUGAACUUAACAAGAUUACAGAAGCUCUAUUUAAAUGGUAACCAUCUGACCAAAUUAAGUAAAGCCAUGUUCCUUGGUCUUCACAAUCUUGAGUACUUAUAUCUUGAGUAUAAUGCAAUUAAGGAAAUAUUACCAGAAACCUUUAACCCAAUGCCUAAACUUAGAGUCCUGUAUUUAAAUAACAAUCUGCUACAAGUUUUACCACCACAUAUAUUUUCAGGUGUUCCUCUAACAAGGAUAAAUCUUAAAAUGAACCACUUGACUCAUCUUCCUGUAAGUAAUCUCUUGGAUGACCUUGAUUUACUGACCCAGAUUGACCUUGAAGACAACCCCUGGGAUUGCUCCUGUGACCUUGUGGGACUUCAACAAUGGAUACAAAAGUUAAAUAAGAACACAGUGAUGGAUGAUAUCCUUUGCACAUCUCCAGAGCACCUAGCCAAGAAGGAAUUAAAAGCAUUAAAUAGUGAACUUCUUUGCCCAGGUUUGGUCAACAACCCAGCCCUGCCAACUCAGACUAGUUAUGUAAUUGUCAGUACUCCUACAGCUGACACUAUUUUAAGAUCGCUUACCGAUGCUGUACCACUCUCUGUUUUAAUAUUAGGAUUGCUGAUUGUGUUCCUAACUAUUGUGUUCUGCGCUGCAGGGAUAGUGGUUCUUGUUCUCCACCGCAGGAGAAGAUAUAAAAAGAAACAAGCGGAUGAGCAGAUCAGAGACAGCAGCCCCGUACAUCUUCAAUACAGUAUGUAUGGCCAUAAGACCACUCACCACACCACGGAGAGACCCACUGCAUCGCUCUAUGAGCAGCACAUGGUGAGCCCCAUGGUUCAUGUCUACAGAAGCCCAUCCUUCGGUCCAAAGCAUUUGGAAGCGGAAGAAGAAAAGAAUGAGAAGGAGGGAAGUGAUGCAAAACAUCUCCAAAGAAGUCUCCUAGAACGGGAAAAUCAUUCACCACUCACAGGGUCAAAUAUGAAGUACAAAACCACAGACCAAUCGACUGAAUUUUUAUCCUUCCAAGAUGCUAGUUCAUUAUAUAGGAACAUAUUAGAGAAGGAAAGAGAACUUCAGCAAUUGGGAAUCACGGAAUAUCUGAAGAAAAACAUUGCUCAACUCAAGCCCGAUAUGGAGGUCCAUUAUCCGGGAGCCCAUGAAGAGUUAAAAUUAAUGGAGACAUUAAUGUACUCAAGGCCAAGGAAGGUAUUAGUGGAACAGACUAAAAAUGAAUAUUUUGAGCUCAAAGCUAACUUACAUGCUGAACCUGACUAUUUAGAAGUCCUGGAGCAACAAACAUAG